GAUUUGGGGUUGCCUGAUGGGUUCUUUGUGUCUCUUGCAGCACGGAGUCCUCCUGCAGGAGUUCCUGGAUGUGACAUCGAGGCUCCACGCAGCUCAGAGCCACUACAGGCAGCGCUGCCUGCAGCGAGUGCGGCGCCAUCUGCACAUCACCGGGAACUCAGCGGUGACCGAUGAGGAAUUGGAGGAGAUGCUGGAAAGCGGGCAGAGCGAAGUCUUCGUUUCCAACGUCCUUGGGGCGGCUCGGGCCACACGGGCGGCGUUGGACGAGGUGACGUCGAGGCACCGGGAGCUGCAGCGCCUCGAGAGGGCGAUGAGGGAACUGCAGGAGCUGUUCGGGGCACUGGGAGCCGCUGUGGAGGGGCAGGGUGAGGCCAUCAAUCGCAUCGAGCUGCACAUCCUGCAGUCGGGGACGGCAGUGCACAAAGGGGGGCGGCAGCUCAGGGCGGCGCAGGAGCAGCAGGGCAAGGCCAGGAGGAAACGCCUCAUUAUGGCUGCCUGCCUCGUCCUCACCCUCGUUAUCCUCAUCGCCAUCAUCGCUGCUUCAGUGGCUGCCGGCUGAGCCCCGCCCCCCUCCUCGCUGCUGAUUGGCCGGUGCUGUGCCUUUGGUUCCACCCCUCUUGCUGCUGAUUGGCCUUUGCCGUGCCUUAGCCCCACCCUCUUUCUAUUCGGAGGGUGCAUGUGGUUAGGUUGGGCACUUCCUGUCUAUACUGACAGCACUUCCUGUUGCUGCUGACGUCACUUCCUGAUGCUGACGUCACUUCCUGUCACUAAUGACGUCACUUCCUGAGGCUCUUGAAGUGCCUUCCAGUCAAUGCUGACAUCGCUCGCCUCUACUGACAUCACUUCCUAUUGUUAUUGUCACUAUUGACACCACUUCCUGUCACUGCUGACGUCACUUCCUGCUGCUAUUGAUGUCACUUCUUGUCUGUAAUCGCACCACUUCAUGUCUCUCUUCAUAUCAUUUCCUGUUACAUCACUUCCUGUCACUACUGGCGUCACUUCCUGUUGCCAGUGACGCCACUUCCUGGCACUACUGAUGUCACUUCCUGUUACUACUGAUGUCACUUCCUGUCUCUACCGCCAUCUUUUCCUGGCACUAUUGAGGUCAUUUCCUGCUUUUAUUGACGCCACUUCCUGUCGCCACCAAUGCCACUUCUUGGCACUACUGACAUCACUUCCUGUACCUACUGACAUCAUUUCCUGUUGCCACUGAUGUCACUUCCUGGCACUGCAGACAUCACUUCCUGCUGCUAUUGACACCACUUCCUGUCACUACUGAUGUUGCUUCCUGAUGCCCCCAACGCCACUUCCUGUCACUACUGACGCCACUUCCUGUCACUACUGAUGCCACUUCCUGUCCCGGCUUGGGCUGGGGUCACAUGGCACCGUCCUGAGCUACCUCAGCUGUGACCCCACUGACCCCCAUUCUGCCCCACUGUGAACCCAGUGACCCCACUGUGACCCCAUUGACCCCAUUGUGACCCCAGUGUCCCUAUUGACCCCACUGACCCCAUAUGGACCUCAUUGACCCCACUGUCCCCACUGCGACCCCAUUUCCCCCACUGACCCCAUAUUGACCUCAUUGUGACCCCAUUGACCCCACUGUGACCCUAUUGUGACCCCAUUGACCCCACUGUGACCCUAUUGUUGCCCCAUUGACCCCCUUGUCCCUAUUGUGACCCCAUUGUCCCCAUGGACCCCAUAUUGACCCCAUUGUGUCCCCAUUAACCCCAAUGUGACCCCAUUGUGACCCCACUGACCCCAAUGUCCCCAUUUCCCCUACUGACCCCAUUGUGC